GUUUUCGAAUCUAACGCGUAUAGUAUUAUCUGUACAUCUGUAGUUUAUUGUUGACGUUUGAUGCGUUGAAAUUAAAAACGAAAUAGUGGUAAAAUAUAAUAACGUGUUCAUAAAUAUAAUUUAAAUUGUUAUACUAUGUUAACACAUCUACCAAAUAUGGAACAUAAUAACGUCGGUAGUUAUUUUUUUUUAGCGUUGUAAUUUUAAAAAGCCGGUGAAUAAAAAUGCAUUUUGAUAUAAGGUGCUGCUGGAAGCAGUGAAAAUUUGGGCUAUGCCUGACUAUUCAGUACAGAAAUUGUGAUACUCAAGACUUUCACUGAAGCACAAUGUCUCGACAAGAAAAGGGAAAAUCAGGUUUUCUGGACACAUGGUUUGGACGACCCAAGAGAGAGAAGUGCCCCUCGAUGGGGGGCACUCUCGCUCGGCCUCAUUCAGAGUCGGACUUCCAUAAGUACGAAGACCAGGAGUUCUCAGUAGAACACCUGAACCCUGAAGAGCUCAAUGUAGAGUUUGAAAAGAUGUUGGCUGAUAUGAAUCUCACUGAGGAGAAGAAGGAGCCCUUAAGAAUCGUGACAAUAGACAACAAGAAGAUGAUGCUCACGAACCAUUACAAAGGUGCUUCCAUGCUGGAAAAAUUUGUGAAGCCUGCAGACUACAUCCAGUACCUGAACCAAGCAGAUCUGAGCGUCAACAAGAAAUACGCGUGUAUUGAAUCUCUGCGCAUUGCUCUCACCAACAAUCCUCUCAGUUGGGUCGAAGAAUUCUGCGCACAAGGACUGAACUUGGUUGUCAACAUAUUGAAUGACAGCGAUAGGAAUGACCAGCGAUAUGACCGUAUCCAGUCUGAAUGUGUGCGCUGCCUUAAAGCCAUCAUGAACAACACAAUCGGGCUGAAACAAGUGUUCAGUCAGAAGGAAGCGUUGACCAUAGUGGCCCGUGCCAUAGACCCCGCCAAGCCGACCGUGAUGCUGGAAGUGGUGAAGCUGCUUGCCGCAGUUUGUCUCAUUCCUCCUUCCGGCCACGAAAAAGCCUUGGAAGCUAUAACAAUGAGUGGUGAAUUUAAACGAGUGGAGCGCUUUCAACCUAUCGUUCAAGGUCUGCUCAUCAAGGGCCAUCCAUCUCUUACGGUAGCAUGUCUUCAACUGAUCAAUGCAAUUGUUUCCUCUGCAGAGGAUUUUGAGUUCCGACUGCACUUGCGCAACGAAAUGAUGAGAGCUGGACUGGUCGACACACUGGAUACUCUUCAAGGAAAAGGCAAUGACGAGCUUGAUGUACAACUGAAAAUAUUUAAGGAUUACAAAGAAGAAGACUACUAUGAGUUUGUUCAGCGUUUUGACCACGUACGUCUCGAACUUGAUGAGAUAAAUGACUGUUUCGAGGUUGUGAAGAACCUUGUCAUGGAUACAAGUGCAGAACCCUACCUGUUGUCGAUCUUACAACAUUUAUUGUUUAUUCGAGAUGAUGCAUUACUAAGGCCUGCAUAUUUCAAAUUAAUAGAAGAAUGUGUAUCUCAAAUAGUCCUUCACCGAGGAGGCUGUGAUCCUGACUUCCGAGCCAACCGCAGGUUCCAAAUUGAUGUGCAGCCGCUAAUAGAAAGUCUGGUUGAAAUGACACGGUCUGAUGAUGAGCGUAAAUUAGAAGAAUUGAACAAGAAGCUUGAAAAUGAAAUAGCGGCAAAGCAGGAAGCGCUUGCGACAUUGGCGCAUUAUGAGAAGAAAUUUAACGAACUUGGACAGGGGGACGCUAAGAUGUUUGGCAUGGCGCCGCCUCCCCCUCCCUUCCCCGGAGCAGGUGGCAUGCCCAUGCCACCUCCCAUGCCCGGUGCAGGGGGCGGGCCCCCGCCUCCGCCCCCGCCCCCCAUGCCCGGGAGGGGGGGCGGCCCGCCACCCCCGCCCCCCAUGCCCGGGAGGGGGGGCGGCCCGCCACCCCCGCCGAUGCCUGGGAUGGCAGGUCCACCGCCCCCACCGAUGCCGGGAAUGGGCGGCCCACCCCCUCCCCCGCUCCCGGGAAUGGGGGUUCCGCGGCCGCCUGGACUUCCCGGCCUAGCGCCACCCUUCGGACCCCCGCCGCCACCCAGCAACGUCCUGCCCCUGGGGCUCAAGCCAAAGAAAAAGUGGGAUACGGCCGGUCCGUUAAAAAGGGCUAAUUGGAAAGUGAUAGCACCACAACAUUUGUCAGAGAAGUCAUUUUGGGUUAAAACACAAGAGGAGACACUAGCAACCACGGAUAUUUUAGAUGGACUUUCGCAAAGGUUUUCGUCGAAACCACCUGUGAAAACAGUCUCCGAUGUUGUGGACAAGGGUGGAGGAACAUGGAGAAAAGUAAAAGAUCUGAAAGUCUUGGAUAGCAAAGUUGCUCAAAAUCUGUCUAUUCUCCUUGGUGGGUCUUUGAAGCAUCUUUCGUAUGAUGAAGUGAAAGAGUCAAUUUUACGAUGUGAUAAUAAACUUGACCCGAAUGUCUUGGAACAGCUUAUAUCUUAUCUCCCUCCAGCAGAUCAGUUUAAAAAGUUACAAGAGUAUAAGGCAAAAUAUGAUGACCUGACAGAAGCAGAGCAGUUUGCGUUAACUAUUUCAGAAGUCAAGCGGUUGUUGCCGAGACUAAAAUCCAUGAGCUUUAAACUUCAUUUCACCGAAAUAGUUGAUGAUAUCAAACCAGAUAUUGUUGCUGGCAUUGCAGCAUGUGAAGAGGUGAAACAAAGUAAAAAAUUUUCUCGUAUUCUUGAGCUAAUACUUCUGAUGGGAAACUACAUGAACAGUGGUUCUCGAAAUGAACAAGCAUUUGGCUUUGACAUCAGCUAUCUUCCUAAGAUGACAAGCACAAAAGACAUUGAAAAUAAACUUACGUUGCUGCAUUUCCUUGUGGACACGAUCGAACGAAAAUAUCCUGACCUCUUGUCAUUUGGAGAAGAACUUAGUCAUAUUGAUCGAGCAGCUAGGGUUUCCAUAGAAGGUUUGGCCAAGAAUCUACGUCAGAUGGAAGUGGGUGUUCGUAACCUUGAAACAGAUCUUGGCAACAACAAGGUUCCACAAUGUGAAAGUGACAACUUUAUUGAAGUCAUGGGUUCAUUUUGUAAAGAUGCUCGAAACCAGUAUGAGAUUCUGCAAAGCAUGUUCAAAAACAUGGAAUCUGUAUAUAGUGAUCUUGCAGAAUAUUAUUGUUUUGACAAGCAGAAGUACAGUCUAGAUGAAUUCUUUACAGAUGUUAAAGCCUUCAAAGACCUAUUUUCUCAAGCCUACAAAGACAACUUGAAGUUGCGUGAAACGGAAGAAAAGAUUCGCCGUGCUCGAGAGGCAAGGGAGAAGAAUGAGAAGGAGAGGCAGGAGCGUGCUGAGAGGAAGAUAGCCCUUGUCGAUAUGAACUCGCCCAAAACACAGGAGGGAGUCAUGGACAGCUUGAUGCAGGCCUUGCAGACUGGCUCUGCUUUCAGUCGCGACCAGAAACAGAAAAUGAGGCGGCCUCGCGCUGCAGGGGCGGAAAGGCGAGCACAACUAAAUCGCAGUCGCUCACGUACAACAAUAUCAGCCGCACUUCAAGACAGGGAGAUCGUAGGCGAUCCUUCGGCGUAACAGUGACUCAGAGUGAACAUCACUGCUGCUCUCCAGUCUGUGUGAUAAUACUAUGCUACUUAGUGUGGAAGAACUGAGGCAUCUCUGGUGCAUUUAUGUAAACAGUGUGAUAUACUAGAAUCUCAGAAUAUUUAAUUUUGUAUUGUAAUAGUUUGAAUGAGUGUUGUACCGGAAUUCAGAGUUUUAAACAAAGUGCUAUCGCAAGUAGCUUACGAACGUUACAAAAAAAAGUAAUCUGUCAAUCAGAGACAACACAAUGUGAUUGUAGUAUAAUUAAAGUAACAUUUAAAAGUUAAUCUUCUAAUGGUACUUGCACAUAUUUUAAAAAUUGUUACAGCUUUAAGAAAAACAGAGAGGAAUAAAUUAAAGAUAUGUUAUGUUUAUUUCGUUCAAAAAAAUUUAACAAAUAUGUUGUAUUUAUUCAUCAAUUUUACAACUAUUACCCUGAAUAUAAGCUAAACUUUAUUUGUACUUAACUGUAGAAGCAUUAACAACAUUUUUGAGUUUGUUAUUUAACUGAAAUACCAAUGGUAUUGAUAAUAAAAAUGGAUAAUUAAAUGUAUGUAGAACAUGUUGCCAUUGUAAACUUAACUAAAGAAUUUGUCUUUGAAAAAUUCUUGUUAAAUUUGUAAAACUUGUGGGGAUUUACGUUGGAAACAGCAGCUGUCCACCAUCUCAUAUUUUUCUAUGGUCUGAACAAAUUUGUGACAAAAUUAUUUUUUGUGCAUAAAUAUUUUUUUCCCCAUUUCUUAUCAACAACAUGUUCAUUGGAUUAUUUAAAUUGAGGACCUGAUUUCCUAAACAUGCUUUCUUCAAAACCUACAAAUCCUAUUAGACUAGGAACUGUUUAUACAGUACAUCAUUUUAAGUACUAGUUUAGAUAUUGUAUAAAUUAAUCUAAAAAUAAAGUCAUUAACAAUGAAUUAAUAUUUAUGCUAAUUGAAAAAUUGUACAAGAUUUAAGAAAACAUUUUUUUCCCGAAAGGUGGUGGCACACUUUAUACAUGUUAUGUAUAUGUUGGGCCUAGUUAAAAAAAUUGUGUGUGAAAGUUUUACCUUUAAAAUAUGUCAAUAUCAGACAAUACCCAACACUUUUUUUUAAAAAUACGUACAAGCAAUAGGUAUAAAUUUUGUGUGUGUAUAUGUAUAUGUGUAUAUAAUAUAUAUUUAAUGUGCUCAACUAAAAAAUUGUAACAAAGAUACUUUUUAAUUCUAGUAAAGUUAUAGGUACGACAACUUUGAAACAAACACACUGCUUUUGGGGUCGUGGGUUUAGGGAUUUUUCUGUUUCAAAAAUUUGACCUUGUAACGUAGUGUAAAAUACACAUGUUUUAGUUGCAAUGAUAAACACAGCUUUUUUUUUCCUAAAAUACCCUGCACCAGUUGAAAGUUUCUAAGUACACUCAUGUGGAACUCAAGCUCCUUAACUCCUGUAGGUUUUUUCUACUCAAAUUAAGUGAAGGUGCUUUAGUUAUGAAACCAAAAAUAUAUGUGCUUUUUCUUUAGUACUAUAAUGUAGGUUCACUAACUUAACAAGAAAAAUGUUUCAGUUGACAUGUAGCUAUUUUUCAUAGGUAUGCUCAAUCCACAUUUUCUACACUACAUUAAGUCAUAUAUUGAAAACUUUUAAGUUACCGUAAGAAAAAUUAUAUUAAACUUUAAUCUUGAUUCAUAAUGUCAUUGAUAUUAACAAACACAUCAACAAAACAUAAUCAUUACUUUGAUGUUCACAGUUGUUGUUCUUACUUUGCAAUAUCCAGAUACAUCAACACCAAGUCUUCCAUCAUAUUCUGUCUUUCUGUGGCCUGUUUUUAAAUUUUUCUUUAUAGCGAGUUUUGUAGACUUGUUAGGGGUGCAGCAUACAUGUAGUUGUGAAACAAAUUACUGUGAUGUGUACUUUUUUUUUAAUUGUGUUUUGGAAAUCAGAUCUUCAUUUGACAUAUAAUAAGAUUAAUUCUUUAUUAUAUAGACAAAAGAGUUGUAUUGGGAGAAUUGUUAAGCAAAAAAUAUUUAUUUAUGUGUGUAGCAAUGAUGAUUAAUUUAUUGUACCUGGUGACAUUUUAAUAAAUUAAAUUAAUAUUUUUUUAUUGUCAGUUAUUUGUUCAUAGUAAUUUUGUUUGCCAAAUACAGGUUUUCAGUGGGCUUGUUAUUAAAAAUGUAGAGUAAAGAUCUGCAAUUUUAAACAUUAUAUAAUGCAAUGUGGGUGUGAUUAUUAAGACUGCAAUGUUUUUUGCUCUCACCAUGGUGCAAUUAAUACUGUACAGAAAAAAUAAACCUAAAAUGUGUUAAUAAAUGUA